AUGGGUUCUUAUACAGAAUGCUUUGGAAUGAAGCUUUUAAGGCAAAGAGAUAUCCCGGAUGAAAAAUAUGCCAAUGCUUUUCUUGGAUUUGGCCCUGAAGAAUCCCAUUUUGUUGUCGAAUUAACAUAUAAUUAUGGGGUGACCUCGUAUGAGAUAGGGGAUGGCUUUGGACAUUUUGCAAUUGCAACUCAGGAUAUUUACAAAUCGGUUGAGNUCGUCCGAGCCAAGGGAGGAAGCAUCACUAGGGAGCCUGGACCAGUUCAGGGUGGGACUACUGUCAUCCGGCCAUCUGCCAUGGGUGCUCCAAAUCAUGAUGGGUUGGAUUUUGCACAUGGUUUUAAAGCUCGGCCUCUUAAUAAGAAGCAAGCUAGUGAUGCAAAUGAGCUCGAGUCUUUUUUGAGUACAAGACAAUCAUCUGGUGGAAGUAAUAUUUAG